UCACAAGUUCCUCACAUCGACUGUUCUUAACAUCAGAUCUGUAACCAAGUCAAUUCAUCAAAAUAUUCGUCAAACUUUUAAAGAUGUCAAUUGUCGUGUUUCUGUUUGGGUGCGCCCUCUUUAUGUCAACAUUAAGUGAAGGCCUACCAUUUUGUGCCUACCGGAUUUACACACUGACAGAAAGGGGGAAAAAUUCCAAGACUGAUAAUCCCAUCUCUAUUAAAUUCCACAUCGACGGUAGCACUUCACCUUGGCACAACCUAGAUUCUGAUGUAAAUGAUAGAGAGAGACAACAUUGGGACAGAUACAUUGUACCAAAUUCAGGGAACGGUCAUUUGACAGGUGUUACAGUUAGGAACCUAAAAACAGACGGCUGGGAGAUUGAAGCGAUAUAUGUGAAGAAUCUAUGUACGAACCGAGUGUACGAGUUUUACUGUACUGGUAGUUGUUGGGUGGAUAGCCCUGCCGCAACAACAAAAUUCCUACCCAGAUCCAAUACAAUCUAGUCAUGGACAAGUACAAGAAAAAAUAUGAUAAUUAAUUGUGAACAAAUAAUUGAAUUAAUAAAUUCUAGAUAAAUUGUA